GUGAUCAAGAAGCUCCAGGACUUUUACACGGACACCUACGCCAAGCUGAAGAACAAGGACGAGCCCCAGCGGGAGACGCUGAAAGCCAUCCACUCCGCGUUGAACUGCUGUGGCGUGGCUGGGGGCGUGGAACAGUUUAUCUCGGACAUCUGCCCCCAGAAGGACCUACUCGAAUCCGUCUCCAUAAAGCCCUGCCCCGAGGCCAUCAGGGAGGUCUUCGAGAACAAAUUCCACAUCAUCGGCGCAGUGGGCAUCGGCAUCGCGGUGGUCAUGAUCCUCGGCAUGAUCUUCAGCAUGGUCCUGUGCUGUGCCAUCCGCAGGAGCCGCGACAUGGUCUAGAGCCGGCCGCCGGGCCCGAGCGGGAGAACGUGCCGCCGCAGCCGUGGGCGUUUUUGUCUCGUUUUUUGUAUCUCGUCACUAAUUUUAGUAUCCGCCAUGCAUCUCUAAACAAGCGAACACAGAGUUAUUUUAUAUUUGUCUCUUAAUGCUUUCUCCGAUAUCCAUAUCUGUAGGUGAGGAGUUUGGUUUGCUUCGGUUUCUACUUUUUGGUCGUUUGCUUUUGCUCGUUACGCGACGCAGAGAUCCUGCAAUGAAGGGGACUCUACUCGCUAAGACUCUAGACAAGACGUUGUACAUACAGAUGGUUUUCUGUCUUUAAAUAGAUGAAACAUCUAUCAAAUUUAAUCGGGUUGUAACUUAUUGAAGACAAUUUGAUACGUAAUAAAGAUUAUGAGACUAUC